UUUUUGAAGAUUCUCUUCAGUUUCAAUUUAUGAAUAGUGUUUCUAUUUCCAAAUAAUUUACUUUACACUUUAAUAAAUAUUUUAUCAUUCAAAUUAAUUAUUUUAAUGGAUUUUAAUAAAUUUUUGAGAUUUGAAUUCUCACUGAAGAACUGGAAAUUGCAAGAAAAAUGACCCCGACGAUAGGAAACGCAACUGUCGGAGAGACGACAAAGUCGGUAGCAAAUCCAUUAGAUAAGACUUACGUUAAAGAAAAGAGUGAGGCUAAAUCUGGAAUAUAUGACGGCAUAGAACUUCAAAAACCUUCAAAAUUGGGACCUUUUGAGUUUGACAAUCAAUUGCUAUGGAAUUAUAUUAUCUUCUUUGCUGUCUGGCACAGCAUAGCAAUUUAUGGAGCCCUCACGUUUCCUUAUCUCACUCACAAAUUAACAGCGCUUUGGAUGUUGGGGGUUUACACUUACACGAAAAUUGGAGAAACGGCAGGUGCUCAUCGUUUAUAUUCACACAAAGCCUAUAAAGCAAAGACACCAUUGAGAGCGUUGUUGCUCUUUUUCUACUAUUCCAAUGGCACAUUUACAAUCAGAAAUUGGGUAAAACUUCAUCGGCUUCAUCAUAAAUAUGCUGAGACUGAUGGCGAUCCAACAAAUCCAACUCGUGGAUUCUUUUUUGCUCAUAUUGGUUGGUUAAUGAUGAAGAAACAUCCGGAAAUGAUUAGGCGUAAGCGACAAGUCGAUAUUAGUGAUAUCAAAGCAGAUCCACUUGUGCAAUUUGGAGACAAAUAUUUCACAAUUUGGAAAUAUUUGCUGUGCUUCAUUUUACCCACUAUUGUUCCAGUGUACGCUUGGAAUGAGAAUUGGUACUAUGCAAUUCUUUCGCAAUGCUUUAUUCGUUACAUUUUUCAACUGCACGUGACAUUCAGUGCCAACAGCUUUGCUCACUUAUGGGGUCAUCAAAGGCCCUACAACAAGAACAUCUUUCCAACGGAACACAAAGCUGUCUCCAUUGUAACCUUGGGCGAGGGUUGGCAUAAUUAUCAUCAUACAUUCCCUUGGGAUUAUAAGGCGGCAGAACUUGGAGAUUAUUCAAUGAAUAUAACGACGGGCUUUAUCGAUUUAUGUGCUAAACUCGGUUUGGCAUACGAUUUACGGCAACCGUCCAAGCAAUUAAUCGAAUCUGUUUGCAAGAAUAAAGGAGACGGCACUCAUCCUCUGUGGAAAGAGGUUCAUGAACCUAUUGCUACUCACUAAACCUAUUUUCAUCCAAAAAAGAAAUUUUCAUUUUUCUCUCAAUAAUUUAUUAUUUGUUUUACGAAAAUUCAAUUUGAGUCUCAACAAUUUUUACACCCCCUUAGAAUUUUAUUUAUAAUUUAAUAAUUAAUUUUAAUUUUUGUAUAAUUUUAUUUCUUAAUUUUGCUUUGUUUCCCUAUCAAUCAAUUUACUUUCUUAUUAUUUAAAUGCUAAUUUUCCAAGUGAUUAUAUUAAAUUCGAUUGAAGUAUUUAGUAAAACAAAUCUAUAUUCUAUUCGCAAUGAGAAUUUAUGAAAUCUUUUUUGGUCCACCAAAGAUUGAUAUAGGAAAAAAGACUGAAAAUGUAUAAAACAUUAUAGGAAUGAAAACCAAAAAUUGAUACAAUUUUUUUCAAGUGAUAGAAAAUUAAAGAAUUUUUUUUUUCAUUAAAAGUAGUCAAUUUUGUGAAUUGCUAAUUAAAAAAAAUAUCUGUGAAAAAAUUGUAGAAAGUGAUAAUCUUUUCUUUUAAUAUUUAAAAAUAAUAGAGGAAGUGUAUCUACACACUUUCAAUAUAAGUAUUUUAUCGUAUAACGAAAAACUCCAUAUUUCCCAAUGUUUGUAAUAUUUGAAAUUUUUAUUUUUAAUUUUUAAAUAGAGAUUGCCCAAGAAUUCCUCAUAUUGUAUUUUGUACUUGGAUUCUUAAUAUAAAAAUAAAAAUGCAAUCUCAAUGGA